UCUAGUAAUUGGAUUGCAUUCUUGGCCAUUACUUGUACCUGGGUAGACAAAGAAUGGGUGUUGCAUGAAACUCUCCUAGACUUUGUUGAGAUUAAGGGGGCUCACAGUGGGGAAAAUCUGGGCCACACUGUAUAUGCAACGCUAAAGGAGAUGGUCCUGGUCCGGAAUAAGGUGUUGUACUAUUGUUCUGGUCUGUUAAGCCCCUGA